AUCACACCUCUGUUUGAAUUGUCGACGACCAUAUUCAAGCGUGUCACCCCCUUUGUUUGCCUUGCUGACAACGUCUUCCGAUCCGAAGAUGUUGGCGUUACACGCCUCCCUUCCGGAUAGCCCCAACGCUGGGGUCAGCAGCUUGUGAGGCCAAGGUGUGCUUGUUACCUCGAUCGUGGGAAGAUUUUGGAAUCGAUUCACGAUUGAGGUUGGCCUCCUUGGGACUUGAAUCCAAUUUCCUAACGGGGCUUCGAUUACCUUGUGCUAUAUUUAUUUUGAGAGACAGGGUCGUUGCUACGGCAGUGAAGUCUCUCCUCCUAGCUCGACUGGACAAUCAUCAUGGCAUCACACUCUUCGCCAUUAGUAGAGACAUGGGUCCCAGAGGAUGGUGCAGACUGCGGCAUCAUGAGCAUGCCUGUCGAGAUGAUGUUGAAGAUCUUUGGACUCCUGGAUCUCCAAAGUGCUCUGAAUCUCGCCGGGGUCAAUAAUGCCAUCAGAUCAAUCUUCCUCAAACAUCAGGAUACCUUGGUCAUGGAUAUUAUGAAGGCGGAGAUGAGCCCGCUCGAUGCAUUGCUGCAGCACGUCGUCUCCAAGCCGCUGGAGGAUGUGAACGUUUGCUGUGGUCCUUGCCUCCGCCGCAGGAUCUACUUCAAGGGGAGACUCAUCUCAGACGGCGAGGAUGAGGAGUCUGACCCUGAUGGACAGACUCACAACUCGCUGCGGCCUGUCACGCUCGACCAGACGCAUUUCCGCAAGCUCAUCCGAACGUACUUUACCGUCAAGAAGUGGGAGGAAUUCUUCCCGCAAUACCGUUUUCGCGAGAUCCCGGCGGACUGUCGGGCACUGAGACCUCGCGAGGCAGAAAGGCUUCGGCGCGCGCUGUACCAGUGGAUGUCGUACGCGAGCCACUUUCACUGGGAAUCUCAGCGCCUUACUAGGUAUCAGCCGAUCGAAGGUUCCUAUGAUAUUCGCUGCAGAAAGUUGCGUGUGUUGUCGAAUAUGGAACUUGUAGGACUCCAUGACUUGUGGGAAACGGUCUACGCCAUGGUGCGGGUACAUAUCUGCCCCUCGAUUGAGCAG